AUGGCUCUCAGAGUUAUUGCACUGUCUUGCGUUGUAUUUCUAGUCUCACUCAUAGGCUUCGCUGCUGCAAUGGCCACAACUGAGGCGCCGUGCCAGUACUCUGUGAGCGUUCAGACAGGAGACUACGCUGGUGCAGGAACGGACUCCACCAUUAGCCUCCAGUUAAAGUCCCAAUCCGGCGCUAGUUUUCCCAUCGCCAACCUCGUAGACUGGGGCUUAAUGCAACCCGGUCAUGUCUACUUCCAGAGGGGCAACCUUGACUUCUUCGGGGGCACGGGCAAUUGCCUCCAUGUUUGCGCCAUGACCGUCACCUCCAGCGGCACAGGGUCCAUGCCAAGGUGGUACUUGACUGAGGUCAACGUCACCGUCAGUGGCCCCGUGAAGGUGGACAUAUCGUUCCCAGUGAAAAGGUGGCUGGCUAAAGACGUACCACCCGGUUCGCUCUCUGCCACCGUCGACUCAUGCUACCGCUUCUAUCCUUUGAAGCCCGCUCUCUUGUCUGUGUGA